UUUGUGGACAAAAUAUGCACACAUGUUACUCAUAAAACGAUCUGCAACUAGUUUUCAGAUGGUGUGAAAUAUUUUCCAGCAACAAAAAUGGCAUCAAUAUCUCCUCUACAAGCUUUCUUUUCGACAAAUUCAGCAAAGCAGUGUGGAUGUUUAGGUACUCGAUCAACAUUUCUGGGCUCGAAUGCCUCUUUGUCCCGGAACAGAAUUGAGAACAAGAAGAAUAGAUCUUUGACGGUUGUGGCAGCGGUUGGAGACGUGUCAGCUGAUGGAACUGUCUAUCUCAUCGCUGGUGCUGCUGCCGUGGCAUUGCUGGGAACCGCUUUUCCCAUCUUGUUCUCACGCAAAGACCUGUGCCCUGAAUGUGAUGGUGCUGGUUUUGUGCGGAAAGGAGGGGCUGCAUUGAGGGCUAAUGCUGCCCGGAAGGAUCAAGUUCAGAUUGUUUGUGCUAAUUGCAAUGGUCUUGGCAAGAUUAACCAAGUUGAUAAAUAGGCCUAGUUUCGAAAUCCUGUACUGAGCUUCUGAAAAUAAUCUCUGUUGAUGUCUAAGAAAUUUGUGUGCGAUCGCUGCGCAAGAAUAUGUAUUGUGUAAUUGUAUGGUCUUCUCUAUUUUCCGAGAGAUGACAUUGAUAUCUUUUUACUUGAUGAUCAAGGAUGAUUCAACUUUGGUUUCAGUUCUGCAGUAAACUGGUCAUCCAUGGUUAUCAAAUCAGAAAUAUUACCUUGUUAAUCAAAUAUUUAUUUAUGAUUCUGCUUCA